GCUGAUUUGUUUUACUGGGAGUUUUGCAGGUUCUUUGGGGUUUUUCGUGAGAAUUUUUUCAAAAUGCAGACGUCCACGGUGAUGUACACCCAACUGCAACCGUGGAGUUCAGUCAAUGUUUCUCCAUGCAUGGAGAAAAUUUCUGGUAUUCCAGCUCCUGUGAGGGUAGGAGAGCACUACAAAACUCCAAGACCUCACCCCUGGAGACCGACGUUGGGAUAUGAGACUGUGGAGCUCUCGCCUCUUCACUCCCAACCAAUAACCAACAACCACGUGGACCCCUGUUACACCCCCCAGGGGAUGACGACGAAACCCCUGAGGUUUCCCAACUUGGUAACCGGUUUCGAUAGAAAUCCCUCUCACGCAGCUCGAGCUGCUCUUUACACGAGGUACACCCCCUGCGACUGGAGCCAGAAUCAGAUAAGACUUGGUAACGAAGUCAAUGCGAAUCAUCUUCAUUCAGAUGAGCUGAGAGACUCAGCUGUGAGGAUCAUGAGGGAGGCGGAUGAGAAGGUGCGGGUGGGACAGGACGAUGCGGGCAGAAAACUUGGUGAAAGGAUCACGGAUAUCAACUUCUGGGAAGGAGAGCUCGGGAUGGAGCUCGAGAGAAUAAUUAUUGAGAAUGGAAAGAUGCAGGAGUGCAAGAGAUCCCUGCAGAAGGCCAUCCAGGACCUGGAGGCGCCCAUCCACAUCGCCCAGGAGUGCCUGUACCAUCGAGAGACUCGACAAGGCAAUGAAUUGGUUCAUGACGAGCCGGAGCAAGCUCUCCUCAGGGAAAUUGAACAUCUCAGGAAUUGUCUCAAAAAACUUGAACAAUUCGUUAAAGAAUCGGUGAAUCAGUUGACAAGAGGAAGAGCUGCUCAACACGAUCUGGAGCUGGACAUAAGCAACAAAAAUACAGCCCUGGGCAUUGACACGAUGUGCAAACAGCUGAACAACUUCAGCAAUGGCCUGCAGUACUAUGGUGGCAUUGAAAAAUACGUCAACUGCACAACAGAUGCUGAGUCCUGGGCUCAGGCAUCCCACGAUACCGUGAAAAGAUCGCAGAAAUGUCGAGAAACAUCUCAACGACUGCAGAGUGAAAUCGACUCGACAAUAAAUACUGUUGCACAGAAAAUCUGGGAGGCGUGGAGCUGCACCAACAACGCACUGUCCAGGAGAAUCACAGAGACAUUAUUAGCGAAACAGAAAAUUCAAUGUCACUUGCAUAACAUUCAAAAGGACAUCUUCGGCAUCGAGAAAAAUUUAGAGUUGAUAAAAAAAGGUAUAUCUGAUAAAUCAGCUGCUCUAAAAGUGGCGCAUACUCGUCUGGAGGCGAGGAGUCAUCGUCCAGAGUCCGAGCUCUGCUGCGAUUACGCACACCAGAGGAUCGUCCAAGAAGCUGAAACAAUUAAAGCUCUGAUUGACGUUCUCCAUUCAAAACUCCAGGAGUGUGAGGCUCAACACCAGCAAUUACUGCGAACUCGAGCUAAUCUCGAGACAGACCUGAAGUCCAAGGCCGACGCGGUCUUCAUUGAUCGAGAAAAAUGUAUGGGAAUGCGUCGUAGUUAUCCAAUAGUAAAAACAGUAAAAUACUGAAUAUUACUCAAACUAGAAAUUCAAAAUUAAUUAAAUAAAUGAUUUUUCUGAUUUGAUCCCUUUCUUAAAAAAUCAAAAGCAUCGGUAAUAAUAAUAAUAAU